CUGUCAGUGAACAUACUUGACUGACCUAACCUAUGUUUCAGCUGUUCGGUUUUCUUUGUUUUCAAUGAUGUUUGUGUACGGCAAUGGAAGAUGAUAAAGUGUGUCCACAAUGCAAAAAGACUUUGGAUAAUUCCAGCAAGAGGUUGGUACAGGAUGCAUGUGGACACAAGAAAUGCAGACAAUGUCUGCUGUCCGAUGAGGAGGAAUGCAAACUGUGUCAUCCUGCUGUUAUAACCCUGAAUGUGAGCAGUGCUGAAGCCUCCCCUGAUGUUCCUAGUCAUAUAAUUAUUAACAAGAAAACAGAGGGGUUCACAUGUACAAUAUGUAAGAAGAAUUACAGGACUUCAUCCCAUAUGAAGGACCACUUCUACUGUGCUGGAGGAGAGAAACCUUACAAAUGUGUUAAAUGUGCUAAGGAAUUCACUUCGAAGUAUCUUCAUCAAACUCAUCUGCUAAGUCAUGAGGAUUCGAAACCCUUUAAUUGUGAUAAAUGCCACAAGGGCUUCUAUGACAGGGGGAAAUUUAACAGGCACAAACUGGUACACAGUAGCGGUAGGCCGUACGUUUGCGCUCACUGCGGGAAUUGUUUUAAGAACAAGGAUAAUCUGCAGACGCAUAGUAAAAUCCAUAACAAAGUCAAACCGUUCAGUUGCACUGAGUGCGAUGCGAAAUUCAAUCACGUUUCGAAUUUGAAGAAGCACCAACAAACGCAUAUGACUGAAAAAACGCAUAUGUGCGAUUUAUGCGGGAAAAGAUUCAAACUUAAAUGGGGUUUGAGCGUACAUAGGAAGAUACAUUUGAAGGAAAGGCUGAACGAGUGCAAGACCUGCGGAAAAGCUUUCACGCAUAUGAAAGACUUGACUAGACACCUGAGAACGCACGAAGAUUUGUACGAGUUUGUCUGCGGUCUUUGCCAAACUGUAUUCAAGCGGAAGGAUAAUCUAAGCAGACACUCGAAGAACGCUCAUCCCGGAUCCGGUUUGAAGAUAGAGAAGCGUUUAAAGCAGGAUAAUCAAAUCAAGGAUACGCCGAACGCCAUCAACGUUAUAACCGUUUCGCCAUCUUUCGCGAAGACCGAAAAUAAGAAAGAGCCAAGUCCGGUUUCUGUAAUCAAUGCAACUCCGGAUCUUACAAACGUCGAUCUAACUACUACUUUACAAAACGAUGGAGUGAAUAAAUACGAGAAAAUCUUGUUACCGAAUCCGUCGCGCGCCGUUGUUUCGAAGGAGACCGAAGACUAUCUAUUUUGCCAGAAGAUCUUUGCUCCUUUUAAAGAUCCUCUGCAUUACGAGACGUCUUUCGAUAACAAGCAGCACGCUGUGAUUAAGAACAUCAAGUUCAAGCUGCCGGCUAAGUACACGAAUCUUAAGAACUGCUCGGACACGUUGCUCAAAGACGAAGGGUCUCCGGAGAAACAAAGCGUUAUAGUCAAUUCGAAUGUUCAUUGGAGACGGAGGACCGCCGAAUAUUUCAAUUCCAAGGAGAACGAGAAACUAUGAGUAAGAAGGUAUUUACAACGUGCAUUUUAUUUAAAUAUACAACAAAUUAUAUUUAUAUAUUUACUUAUA